GGGGUGAACUCAAAUAUGGUUUAAAUUAUGUGAGUAAAAAGAUUGUAAGGUUUCAGAAAGCGGUAACGUUUACAUUCCGAGAAAGUGUUUGCAAAUUGGGUCGCCUGAUUUUGAGAAGUACUUCCGGUUUGUGUACGGCUUCAAAAUUUCACACGACUUGCAGUAUCAUAUGGAAUUCGAAAAAGUAAACAACACGAGUAAAACCCAGACAGUGGAACCUCUGAAACUAAUCAAUGAUUUCCUGACGAAACAGGUGAAGAGACGAUUUCAACUCCAAAUAUGCUGCGCGUGCCUCGGAACGCCCUUUCUCCGUGGAUUGAGAGUCUCAUCCGGAGUUAUGGCAGUGAGGAGGGGAGCAACGGUGGGCGACUGAAAGCUCAUGUUACCUCUGUGGGGCAGAUGUCUCAGUCUCAGGCCCGGAACUCGGAAGGCCCCACGGGGCUGCUCUUCCUAUCUGAUGGCGUAGUGCAGAUGCCUGCCAUUCUCACCUCAUCAGCGUGGGAGCAUCUUCAGGAGCAGGAGGACAAGGAAUGUUUCACCAGUCUGCUCAAUACCACCGUCUGUGUUCGAGACUACAGACUGCAGUUUCAUAUGGCCACGGAACCGACAAGAUGUAGGUUCUUCUUGUCAGUUGGAGAGAUGCUAACCACUGCGGCUGGCAGAGCCAAAGACAACACACCCUGCUGCACCUCUUCGCUCUCUGUCCAACAGAAAAUCUAUGAGACAUGGAGGACGCUGUUGGUCCGAGAGACGCAGGACUCUCCAAAAAGCCACACUGACUUUGACCUGUCUGAUCUACUAGGGGAGUGGCAGCGCGACAGUUUGCAAACCGUACUUGAGGAUGUGCGGGAGAGACUGAUGGUGCCGAGGAGUGCAAGUCUGCAGCCUUUCACAUCCACUGCCGUUGCAUCGGUGAAUCAACUGGACAUGUUCACUCCCACCGGCUGGGACAUAGAACGGGCUGCAGAUAACGCCACGGGAUGUUUCAGCAUCCCGAUAAAGUGUCUCCUCAUUCCAGAAGGAUGUGCUAUGCAGGGGCAAAAAGCAAAUGCCGAUGUAUUGACAACAGAUGGGGACAGGGAGUUAAAUUUGCAACUUUCGGAGAGCACUGUUAAUACUGAAGGCUGCCAAACAGCUGAGUUGACCGAGGGAGUGGGGGAAACCCAAAACUAUGUUGAUAACAUCAUGCAUCAUGACAACAUACAUGUAAAUUUGACUAAUAAGGACCUCACAGCUUCAGCGAAAGCAUGGGAAAUGUUUCUUCCACCACGAUGUUUCUCUUUCUCAGAUGGGUCCCAAGAAGCCAUUGCAGUACAGUCUAUUCAGUUCCACCGACAAAACUGUCACGUGAACAGAACCAGUACCCAACUUCCUAUUACGAGCACGCAACCUGAGAAUUUACAACACAGCAAAGGGAACCACAGCUCCUUACCGCCGUAUCAAAAACUGCCACUCUCAUCUGGCGGCAGUUACACAGCAACACCGACUAGUCAAAUGCCUCCCCAAGACAAACAGACUUUGAUUGAGAAUGUUGACAUGCAACAAAUAACUGUAGGGAGACAAUAUAGAAUGACAAUGAGAAAAAGGGAUCUGGAGUGUGUGCAAGAAGAGCGAACUACAGUCGCGGUGGAGGAGGCUCGGAAAAGUGGGAGCCCCCCGUCGUGGCUCUUUGACUCUGGGACAGGUUCUGGCACUGUUGGAGGUAGCAUUGAUAUUCAAACUUUGGCUACUGAACAAGGAAAAACUACUGUUCACACCGAUAGUGUGCCGUUCUCAUACACUUACAAUGUAUCUGGGCAGAAUCUCCACGACUUUAACCAGUUCACAGUGGAAGAAUCGCUGCUGUCCUGGGCUGUCAAAUAUCUUGUCCUUCCAAAGCAGACAACACAUCUGUAACAUCUCCUCAGACAUCCUCUGAGUGGACUAUCUAUCCUAUUCAUAGUUUAUAUUUUAACAGUUAGGUAUACUGACUUUGCACGUUCUUGUCUCAAUAAAUAUUUUUGGGACAAAAAUGUAAGUGUUCUUCUGGAACGUGGUUAGUUAAUAUUGGUUAAUGAGUAAAACAAAUUGGGUGUUUUAAAAAUACCCACACGAAUCAACUUUCUUAUUUGGAAGCUUCAAAACAAGGGUGAAUAUUGCACACCAUCCAUCCAUCCAUUUUGUGUACCGCUUUAUCCUAACUAGGGUCGCGGGCGUGCCUAUCCCAGCUAUCUUCGGGCGAGAGGCGCGGUACACCCCGAACUGGUCGUCAGCCAAUCGCAGGUAUUGCACACCAUGUAGUUGAUAAAUACUGUAGAAGCUAAAUGAUCAGUACAUAAAAUUUCACAACAAAUAAUAAAAAAAUAAAAUAAUAAUAAUUGAAGCUCAUAUAAAAUGAAGAGGCGGCACGGUGGACGACUGCCUCACAGUUCUGAGGACCCGCCUGUGUGGAGUUUGCAUGUUCUCCCCAUGCCUGCGUGGGUUUUCUCCGGGCGCUCCGGUUUCCUCCCACAUCCGAAAUAGGCUAGGUUAAAAUGACGACUCUAAAUUGCCCGUAGGUGUGAAUGCUGAUGGUUGUUUGUUUAUGUGUGCCCUGCGAUUGGCUGGCAACCAGUUGAGGGUGUACCCCGCCUCCUGCCCGAUGAUAGCUGGGAUCGGCUCCAGCACUCCUUGUGAGGAGGAAAAUGGAAGGAUUGAUGGAUAAAAUGAAGAUUUCUCUGUGCUUAAAUAUGUUACAACACUAGGAAACUGAAGUCAACCUGUUUCAAAUACAUAUAAAAUAAGCAAACAUUUCCUUGAAGCGAAUUAAUAUUUUUGUGUUGAAUUAACAAAAUUUAUUUGAAAUAAAGGGUUUCAUAUAAAAGUAUAAUUCUGCAGUCAUAAUUAGUACAGUGUAAUACAUUUAACAACAACAAAAGAAACCAGGAUUAUUUUCUAAAUGUCCGAUAGAUGUCGCCAAAGUUCCUGAAGGGAGGGAAGUCACUUCAGAAAGUUAACAGGCUCGUGAGCUGUCAGUCUGCCUUCCUGUCCGUCCACUGAUAGAGCCGUUGAUACGGAUGAAGAAGAAGUGUUCUGUGCAUAUUCAUAUCUGCAUUGCCGUCGCGUGUAUCCUGACCAAGAGUCUUUCCCAGCUGACUUUUGGCAAGAGGAAGAGUACACGCUGGACUGGUCGCCAGCCAAUUGCACGGCACGUAUAGACAGACAAACAUUCAGCUGAAAAAAAAAACCCUUGGAGCCAGUCGGGCCACCCCUCUAAAAACGUACUAGGACCAACACUGCACUCGCUGGCAACAGGUAGUAAGGGACCAUGUGUGGGGUAUUCUUGAUAUGUUGUCGUUGCAGUGUCUAAAGCAGAGCAAUUGUUUUGUCUUUGAUAUGGGCCAAUGUCUGCCAUCUCUCAGGGCCUGAGGCAAUUGUCUGGGUUGCCUUCCCUGCUGCUGUCAUCAGCCAAUUGCAGGGAACAUGUAUAAACAUACAAGCGUUUCGUCAGAUUCAGAGAACUUAAUUUAUCCUUGUGGUUUCACACCUAUGGAAUAUUUAGAGAUUAUUACUAACCACUAGGUCACCCUGCAGCCAUGUCUGAAACAUGUAUUAUGUUAUUACUGAAUAUUAUUAUUGUUGAAAACGCUAGUACAGCCCAUUCAAAAUCCUUUCCUUUGAAAAAUACAACAAUUUAGUCAUUUGUGCACUCAUAAAUACAUUAGCAAACAGAGGUUUAAGCAUACUACAAAUUGUUGUUAUGAGGGAUGCCUCUAUUAAUGCAAAUCCUAAUAUCUUUUGCACUAUGCAGAAUGUGAAAGUUCCAGCAGUCAUCCUGCAUGCCACGUCUCAUCUACUGUACUUGCAUGUUAGUUUUAUUUCCUCUGCUACAGUGAAUCAUCGUCUACUGAGAGACAAACAGAGAAAAGACUGAGUUUGUAGGUUUAUUCCCUGAAAUCUCCCAACCUCUAAUGUAAGCAGGAGCCAGCUGUGACCACUUGUAAAGUUGUUGUAAUUCUCCUUUGGCCUAUAAACAGGAAAAUACAUAAUAUUAAGGCUUCAUACACACAUCUACAAAAAAAAAUAAAAAAAUACUCUUCACUCUGGCCUUGUAUGGCAAUGGAGUUCAUAAUGCCUGACUGCAGCCCAUUAAUGACUAUUAAAAACCAAAAUUUAUUUUGUCCAGCUUUGGUAAAAGUAGUCGAUUUGUAGAUGUUAUGGUGUAAUUACUGUUGUUGUAGAUCAUUUCUGUAUUUCUACAGUUAUUCAAUAUGUAACUUUGCAACACUGCAUAAUCAAGUGCAAUUACAGAUAGGUUAAAAGGCAUCAAAAGUACUGUAAAGUGCCCCAAAAUCAAAAGGAUGGGCACUGUUUAAAAUUCUAACUGUGAGUCAGAUUUUGCUAACCACCGGAGUACCCGGAGAAAACCCACUCAGGCACGGGGAGAACAUGCAAACUCCACACAGGCGAGGCAGAACAGUGAGGCAGAUGUGCUAACCAGUCGCCCUACUUUCUCAUCAUUAUAGUUAAUUGUAACCUUUUCGUGAUGACCUUUCUUCACUGGUUGGCUGUGUGAAAUAACGUAACAUUCUAUUGCCUUCAAGUUAAGUCCAAGUUACUGUCUCAAAACCAGCUAGUUUGUAUAUUGCCUCUUUUAUAAUGAGAUCAGAGAGAUGUGACAAAAGAAAAACUGUAUCCACUUAAAAAAUGGGCUUUUGUGUUUUUGUUUAAUUUGAUUCGUAAGUAUUUAAUGUAUUUUAGUGUAGUGGUUCACUUCCAAGACCACAUAGGGGGCUCACAGGGGUUUGGACUGGUCCAUCACAGGGCUGACAAGCUGACUACACGUACAGGCAAUUUAAAGUGACUAAUUAAGAUGUGUGUUUGUGGUAUGUGGACAAAAACCAGAGCAGCCUGAAGAGAAAAAAUUUAGCCAAAGCAAAGAGGAACAUGAAAGGUCUACUCAGAAAAGUACAGCUGGACAGCAGAUUCACACCCAGAGGCAAAAGCAGUAACCAUCAAGCUUGGUAAAAUGCUGGACAAAAAGUUCAUUGUCAAAUUUAUAGUGCUUCAUGGUAAAUAAACACUGUCCCUAAAUUCCAUGUACAGUAAUUAUGUUAAACUUG